AUGGGCGUAGGACGGGGGCACGACGCCAGCUCUUCCGCUCCGCCGCCCGGCGCAAUCGCUUCCUUCUUCUCCAGUUUCCGGUCAUCCGCUCUCCGGAGGAAGAUUCCGUCCCCGGCUACUGGCGAACCAACCGAUGGCCGUCUUCUCGUCCGCCGUCUUGGCUUGGUGCAGCUCAUCCUCAUUGGGAUUGGCGCCUCCGUUGGGUCCGGGAUCUUUGUCGUCACUGGCACUGUCGCCCGCGACGCCGGCCCCGGUAGCGUCUCCUCCAGCCGAGUGAAUAACCUUCAUCGAACUAUCCUAUUUAUUUAUUGCUAGAUUUGAUCUUCUGUAGAAAUAGAGUUUGCUCCAAAAUUCAGGCAUCCAACAUAAUUCAUCAGAAUUUUCCUUCGCAGGAAAUUUGCAACUGUACUUCAUGCUCUUUUCUCCUCAUUUUUGUUUCUCAACCACAUUCUUUGAAUUCCUUCCAUAGGAGCUUUCUAUUUACCAAAACUUGGACACUCUAGAGUUUUUUUGCCGUUUACAGAGUGUGGUCUAUCAUGGCAUCAUCAUUUGACAAAUUUUGUAGUGAUCAGAAAGGAGAUGCUUUUCAUUUCAUACAGUGAUGCGAAUGAGUAUUCUACGUUCACACGACAUUACUAGGCUCCGAUGACAUGAACUGCUGUGAACUCUAUCUGCCUAGACUUUAGCAAGGAUAUGAAUGGUAAAGGUCUUUCUCAUUGUCCAUGUUUCUCGCUGUGGGAGGUUGAAUCCUGUCAGACUUUUAUGUUGCACCGCUUUAGAUUUUAAUAUCGAAUCUUUUUAGAUUUCAUGUCAUCGCAACAUGCAUAGAUUUACCAUUCCUGGCAUGUUCCCUUGUUCUUUGUCGAUAUUUGGGCCAACCCUUGCUUGUUACUCACUGGUUGCUGGUUCAAAUGCAGCCGUCACGGUCAGUUUCAUUUUAGCCGGAGUUGCCAGCGCGCUUAAUGCCUUGUGCUAUGCGGAGCUAUCUUCGUAUUUCCCUGCUGUAGUUGGUGGAGCAUACCUGUACACUUAUGCUGCAUUCAAUGAGCUAACAGCUUUUCUCGUCUUCACACAAGUUAUGGUAGACUACCAUAUUGGAGCAGCGAGCAUAGCACGGAGCUUAGCGAGUUAUGUGGUCGCCACUCUGGAGCUAUUUCCUCUAUUCAGGGGACAUUUUCCUAGCUGGAUGGGAAAAGGAGGCAAAGAGCUCUUCGGGGGAGUAGUAUCUAUCAAUUUACUUGCCCCGAUUCUUCUUCUAAUCUUAACAGCAAUUCUUUGCCGUGGUGUUGGCGAGUCCUCUAUGGUGAACUCACUCAUGACAACCACCAAAGUAAUCUCUCUUUGCCUUAUGUGCUUCUUUCCUUUGAAUAAUUUUCAUUUGUAACCUGGAUGAUUAACUCAUAAUAUAUGAUGCAAUUCCCAAAAGGAAGAAAAUGUCCAACAAAACUCAAAGAAACUAAAAUGAAAAAAAAGAAGAAGCUAGGACUAAGGUAUAAAGCUGACAUGACCUCAAAUGGUCAGGGAGCGAGUAUCCAAAGUAACUAAGAAUCAGUGAGGAUCAUCUACCAUGUAUAUCGUGUACCUGAGAAAAUAUCAUAGUCUAACAGCCAUAAUCUUCUAGUAUUAUGCUGUUAUUCAUCCUAUUAAUUUUUCGUAUAUAGUGUCUAUAUAGAAAAUAAAAUUUACAGUUUUAAAAAAACCACGUUCUUUUGACCAUGUAUUAAUGACAGACAUCAUGUAAUUAAUUUCUUUCAUAAAUAAUACCCAACUGGAUCAAUAUGAUUGAAGCCAACCUGGAUCAUAUUUCAGCAACUCGCGAUACGCAGGUUAACACUGUUCGAGUUUUGUUUUUGGUGGUAUGUCGAACCUACCUUGAUUUAAAUUGGGGUACCUGGCUCGUCCAAUUCCCAUGGAGAUUAGGUCUUUAAACCUCCGAAACUAGAGAUGACCAAUGAUCAUAUCUCCUUUUUUAAGGAACAAAAAACAAAUCUUAAACUUCCGUCAUUUUUCUGUCUUGUGUUCCUCAGAAUCUCAGUCAUUUCUUAACCCUUUUUUAAUUGAUGGAUAGCAGUAAUAUUCCAUAGAAGGUAUGUUCUGAAUUUAAGAUGUUCACACUGCGCAUUGGUCAAUUUUCUGUCAGAUUUUUAUCUCAAUCUCAAACCUGAAAGAAGAAAAAGAAAAAUUCCAUUGCCUCAGUUUUUAUCAUUCUUGUCAUUGGAUCUACCUUGACACUGUUACGUGAUUGGAUGCUCUCAACCUGGUAUUUGUUGAGAAGUUUUCUAGCAUCCUUUGUUGUUAAAAGGCUUUCUCUUUAAAAUCUGAUAGAUCCUCAAGAAUCUCUUGAAUAUUGAAGUGCAUAGCUCUAUUAGUACAAUUACACUGAAAGCAUGGAUAUGAUGCAAUUUUAUCUGUACUAUUUAUUGAAUUAACAUUUAAUGAAACUUACUUAGAAGAGAUGAAUGAAAUGUAUCACAUUUAAAGUUGAUCUAAUGCACAUGAAGCAUUUUCUGUGUGAGAUGGCUAGAUCAUUAAUCACAAUAUGAUUGCAUUUUUUUAAAAUCUUUGCUGCUUUCGAUUUGUGUGAGAUCUUUCUAAAUAUUACUCCAUAUUCCAAUGAAGAGAAAAAAAAAACGUGUUCAUUUUUAACAUCCAUAGUUGGUUCCGUGUAAUGGUUGUAUUAUCUGCCGUACCUACUAAAAAUUUCAACAAACACUUUAUCUCAUUUGUUGAUUCUACUUUUAACAUUUGAAAUUUUCAUUCAGCAUCUGCUGACAGCUUGUGAUGCUCAGAAGCUUGAACUUUAAGCCAGAACCCCAAUGAAAAUUUUGACUUUAGGUUUCUUACCUUAGUAGGAAUGCAAUUUUGUCACUAAUACUUCAUUUUCAUAAUAAAUGGAAAAACAAAUGAGUGGGUUUUGUGAUUUGCAAUUUAGGGAGUUAGAGUCCUCGGUCUCAGAUCAUUUUUCUGUAAGGGAUCCGAUGGUCAGAUUGAUUAAUAUCCAUUAAAAGUAUUAUCAUGUAGAUUAUAACCUGUGAAUUGCUCUUUUUCUGAAGAGUUCACUUAAUAUCAAGUAUUUAAUAUUUCAGGGUCCCCUGUUCUUUAAUUAUAUAUAAUAUAUUUAUUCUUUAGCUCCAUCACUGAUUGUAUGAUGAGUGACCAUUGCAAACGUAUCAGGUUCCCUGAAGGUGAUUGAUACAUUGGUUGUAGGGUUCUGAAGAUUGUGUAAUUUAAUGGCUGUCAAAAUGCAAAACCAACAAUCAGAUUAGAAAUUAUUAUGUGGGGCAGGGUUGUUUUCCAUCUUAGAUGUACUACAGAUUUUAUUACUUGAAGAAUCACUGUAGAUUCUACCACCGUAUAUCUAUAUGGUGAGUGGGGAGAAAGCUUGAAGAAACUCGAAAUGUAAAGCAAAUGGAAGACUUUCUGUAAAACUUUUGUGGGGAAAGUUUAACCCUGACUUAAUCAAGCAAAAAAAGAAUACAUUUAUUCUGUAAAGUCCCCAAGAAGUGCUGUGAAAUUCACUUUCUGGGGAGGUUCAUAUUUAAUUAUAGGAACUGAAAAAUAUUCGUAUCAUAACGGUAUGGUGGAUUGGUUAAGUAACCUGAAGUACGAAAAAGAUGAGUGGAUCAUGCUGCCCCCAGCAGUUGUAUGGGCUGUUAGUUUUGGUAAAAGGAGUUUCAUCGAGAAAUUUUCUAAAACUUUUCUUCUGAUGACUAGGUUGUGACGCUUAUGGAAGACUGAUCGUACACUGUGAUUUAUCUAGUUGCUCUACGAUUUAAAAAUGUCUUAUGACAGGACUGUUUCCCAGUCUGUAGUGCUGGGACAUUUUGGUGGGUAGAAGCAGUCACCUAGGUCUUUCCACGGAUUUUUUUUUUUUUUUAUGGGUUUGGAUGUGCUUGCUAUUUCUGAACUAGGGGGAUUUCAGGGGCAAUCCAUCAACAUCUGCAGUAUGGUUUCUUUUGAAACUUCAGAAAUGAAAUGUGAACAGUAAUAGUGUUCUGUGCACAUUGAAUGUGAUAGUGGAACAAGACUGUUUCCUUGCUAUUUCCAUAUUAUUCAUGUCUAAUUUAUUUCUUGGAUUUUGAUAAUGUCUAAUUCUGUUGGUCAUUGGAUUUUGUUCUGAGAUUGAAUCUGUUUAUUUUCUUUUAUAUAACGUAGAGUUCCGUUUCCAAUCGCUUUCUGAAGUAAUUUCAACCACCGCCCUACAGGUGGUCAUUGUCAUUAUUGUCAUCUUUUUCGGUGCUUUUGAGGUGGAUGUAUCGAAUUGGUCACCCUUUGCCCCAAAUGGCGUCAAAGCGGUCGUCACUGGAGCUACUGUAGUGUUUUUUGCCUAUGUUGGAUUUGAUGCAGUGGCUAAUUCCGCUGAAGAGUCAAAGAGACCACAGGUGAUUCAAUAGGUUGCUUAUCAUUUGUUUCCUUUUCAGAAUCUGUUUUGAAUGGUUCUGAAUGUUUGUCAUAAGCUUAUUGGCGAGUGUUUUCCUUGUAACUUUACUUUUUUAAUGUGCAUCUAAUAUUUCUCAAUCAUGCCAAUAUUAUUGGGAAAAUAUCUUUUUUGAAGAGGGACUUGCCCAUUGGCAUCCUUGCUAGCCUUAUCGUCUGUGCGCUGCUGUAUGUUGGAGUCUGCUUAGUGGUUACGGGAAUGGUGCCAUACAAUCUGCUUAGUGAAGAUGCACCAUUGGCAGAAGCUUUUACCUCAAAAGGGCUGAAAUUCGUUUCAGUUUUAAUCAGUAUUGGUGCUAUCGCUGGUCUCACCACUACCCUUCUUGUUGGGCUUUUUGUUCAGGUGACCUAGUUUAUUGAAAGUAUUAGUCACUCUUCAUAGUUUUCCAGCUUGAAUCUAACUUUAAGUUUUUAAUGACAGUCCCGGUUGUAUCUUGGUCUUGGAAGGGAUGGUCUGUUGCCUUCGGUUUUUGCGGAAGUACAUCCUUCGCAUCACACUCCUAUCAAGGCUCAGCUCUGGGUCGGUGCUGUUGCAGGCGUCAUGGCUAGUUUUUUUAAUGUACAUGUGCUCUCUCACAUUCUUUCAGUAGGUUCACUGGUGAGUUAUCCUCAGAUUGAUGUUGUCUUGUGCUACCAAUCUUUGGUAAUUCGUCACCUUCUUUAUGCUUUGCCCGUUUUGACCUGUUGUGGCAUUUUUUCCAUUUCUAGACGGGCUAUUCUGUUGUUUCUGGCUGUGUCAUUGCCCUCCGUUGGAAGGGUAAGCCCCAAGCUCAACCUGCUAUAAGAGGCAUUUCAGCUCGGCAGGAAGGGAUCAUUUGCCUUAUUACUAUUGCCUGUUCCGGAUUUAUAACUGGACUGUGCUACCGUUUUGGAGCCUCUUUUCCUUUCCCCGUUGCUGCUGUGUUAGUUGCCAUACUUGCUGUUGCUUUUCUCCAUAUUCGGCAGGUUAGUAUCUGAACCAUGGGUUUCUCUAUUCACAUCACCUUCCCUAUGCAACUCUGAUCCUUUGAAUUGAAGUAAACUGUUGGAGUAUUUGUGGUGUUGCUUUUAUCAUUUGCUCUUGUAUUUGAUUUGGACGCUUGCUAUCUUCAACUUUCCAUUUAAGAUGUGAAAGAAAUUUUGAACAGUUUGUUGACUGUGAAUGUUUGUUUAUCCUAUUUAUGUGUAAUUUUUUCUUUUGAAAAAUAUUCUUAUCACGUGUGUGUCCCUUGCAACUCUUGACCUUGAGUAUUUUAACUUCAUUUUCUUUAAGGGUAACAACCCUAGCCCUAGUCAUUAUGACUGCCACCCCACUCCGCCCUCUCACUCCAAGACAAAAUAAAAAAUAAAGAAGAAGAAGCCUUUGCCGUGAGACCAGGGAAGGAAGGAGAGUGCGGAUGUACGAAUGUUAGAGAGAAGAGUAAAGGGUUUCUGGAUCAUUGGCACCAUUCCACUUGUUGGCUUGCUAUAAGCAUGAAGUCCAGUCUUUGCCCUUGUUUUUCCAAAACUAAGCCCAAUCCUGCCCGGUACCUGUAUCAGGCCAUCAGUUGUUGUUACCUAGCGUUCAAGCUCGUGUCCAUCGAUUGCUCGUGUCAUGUCCCUUAUAUUUUCUUGUGGCAGUGGCACCAGAAGAGCCAGAGCUCAGCACAGAUAAUACUGUGCAUUGAUCAGCAUCUGACGAGCUCAUUACAGAUAUCAUAUGUUAGCAGCAAAGUAAAACUCAGGUCGAGGGAUUUGUCAGUAGGUUUGGUGAUCUUCUGUAUUGAAAAUACCUUACAUUCAUUCUAACAUGGUGUGAAGCGGUUUCUAGACCAGGUUUUUUGGUUGACAAUCGAAUUGGUCAUGUUCACCAAAAACCCUAUUAACAAAAAUGAGCACAUGCCAGCCAAUUCAUAGAAAACAUAGUUUUGUUUGUAUAUGGUAACUGGUAAUUAGUCCCAACAUUGAAUCAUGAAGACACGUGCUUCGUACAUCCUUGACUGUGACAUAUGGUUAUCACAAAAUAAAGAAUAAUAAAUCCAUCGUGACUCAAAAAAGCUCAGCUAGUUCUGAUCUGCAUCUAGUCAUGUGGAUAAUAAUUGGACAAACUACCUUCAGGGGGGAAAAAUCUGAUCCCCCUUUGAAAAUGGUGAGAAAAGGAAAGAAGGUUGAGCUAUAAAUGGUAAUAUUAGCCAAUUGCUUGCAUGGUCGCUGCUACCAUUAAAAGCAUACAGAUGAGUAGCAAUACGGCAGGCACCAACCUGACCUCUACAGCUGAUAUGCAGGAUCGACGCGGACCAUGCCAAAGAAAAUUUUCAGAGGACGUAGGCACCCUGAACAACAAUUUUUCUGAACUUCUACAAUUUUGUGUACCCAAUUUAUGGAAUCUCCUUUUGUAUGUACUUUAACCAGUUGAUUCAUCUGAUUCCAUUUUCUCCUGGAACAGACCGGUGACUAAAAAGUAGGUGAUGAUGGCUCCUAGAGUAUCAAAUAUUUUGAAUAUUAUAGAAAUGAGCAGAUCAAUAAGCUAAUGAAACUCUAACGAAAAAUCACACUUUUAGAUAUUAGAAGAUAAAACCGAAUCAAAUACGACAAACCUAAUCAUAUAUUCACAAGUUUUUCGACCUUCAUCGAAUUCCCAUUCCUCACUUGAAUAUAACUUGCUCUAGUCGUCUAAAAUUUUUGGUUGUUCCCCCGAAAGGUGAAGAUCAUCAUUAUGUGGACGUGUUCAGUAAGCACACUGAUUAUCUUGAAAGUUUGGAGGCAUUGAUCCAGAGGAUUGAUCUUUCAAUACGACUUAAUUCUUGGUGCUUGUUGUCUAGAACUAGAAUACAUUUGACUUUGAGUUUGCUGCAUGAUAGCAUGAAAUACGUAUAAGAAGAUCCCCUGCUUAUGGGACAAUCUGAUCAUAAUUGGUGCUUAGACCAUACGUUGUGUUUGUCAAAUGCUAGCCCUUUUUAAAUCUCUGUUUGUGUUGUUCUAGGUAGCAUUCACAUUGGCCAUGCUUGGACAUGCUUUUUUAUAAUCAUAGUCCACUCUUAAUUAUUUUUCCUCAUAAUCUGUCGUCGUGCUCUCUAACGUUAAUCUUCUUUUCCAAACAAUAUUUUUUCUAGGUUCAUGCGAAUCCCCCAGGCUUCUCUUGCCCCGGAGUUCCAGCCGUGCCAGCGCUCUCAAUCUUCUUCAAUAUCUUCUUAUUUGCUCAGGUUCGGUUCUGAAACUGUUCCCGUGCGAUUUGGUUGGCCUACUUACCAUGAACAUGCGCAGUUGGGAGAAAAUCUUUUCCAGUUCAAGACUCCUCUGGUUCGCAUAAGAUGAACACAUAAGCAUUACGAACCACACUUCUCCUAUGUAGAUUUUUGGCUAUGUUCCGAUUUUCCCCCUUAUAAUGUUAACAUGAUGAUGAUAUGGGUUUUCAAGUCAAGUUGAUAAUUUAGACCAUCCCUCUUACCAUGUGUACUGCGCCAAAAAAAUCAUCAGAUUUUAAAUAACCUGGAUGGAAGUAUAAUAGGACCAGAAAAUCGGAGAUGAUAGUGUUUUAUUAUUAUUAUUAUUAUUAUUAUUAUUAUUAUUAUUAUUUUAAGAAUACCCUUUUAGUCGGUGAUAGCAGUGGUAGGAGUAUUUAUUGGAAACAUUCUACUGACAAGCGGAUCCCAUUCUUCACUGAUGAUGAAUUGAAACCAGAACUAUAUCACGGGCCUACUGCAUCUUUUAUCACGGACCUUGGUUGGUUCCCUUUCUUUUCUGUUCUUUCUCCCUCCUUUGAGCUCGUUCAAGGUGAUCUUCAGUGUGCCGUUUUAUCUAAUGUGCUGUGCAACGAAGGAAUAUGUGUAGGCUAAUAAAUAACUGGAGUGGGAGGGAGAACUAUCUUUGAUGCCCAUACCCUGACUUUAUUCCUGUAAAAAUACAGAAACAUGUUUCUUAUGCUGUGCCUUUUUUAUUAUUAUUUUUUUAAAAAAAUCAUUUCUAGAAAAAUCUAAGCCUCUUUUGGGGAGGGGGGGGAACUUGGAGAAACCAUUUUCUGUCGACCUGAGGAAAAUCACAGCUACCACAGUUCAUUUUUUAUAGAACCCAGCAUCAGAAAAUCUGUAGUCAUGAUGAUAUUUGGUUUCCGUCAACAGCUGCAUGAAGAAGCAUGGUGGAGAUUCGUCAUCCUUACCGCUAUAGCAGUGAUCUUCUAUGCCAUAUAUGGCCAAUAUAAUACAUUCCGCAAGUGUCCCAAUGACUCCGCAUACCACAGUAUCCCCACGGAUGAGAUUUCCUAA